GGAAAAGGUUGUUUGCUUCGCUCGAGAAGAAUUGAGAAGCACUCAGUUCUGUGCAGCCGGUUUCCGCUGCGCGCAAUCACAGCUCCAGGACCAAGCGGUGGAGUCGGUGCGCUCUGGCAGAAAGCAUCCAUCCUCCUCAUCUCCGAGCUCAGACAGCAGCCAGCGCUCCUCUCCAUGCCUCCAAGACUGAGCUACCAGCCGUCAUUUGCGGAAUGAAACCGCUAUAAUCAAGCCUGCAUUUCUCCUUUUUUUUUUCUUUUCACUCUUCACUUACAUCACGACGAGGACAGAAAAGAAGAAAACCGAGAACGCGAGAAACACACUGCAAGUUUUCGUGUGUCUGUCGCACUGGAGGGGAGGAAGCGAUGACAGUCCCGGUGAAAGCAGCGUUGGCUCUCCUGGUUCUCACCGUGGCGACUGCCUUAUGUGCAGAGGUGGAGGAGCGGCUGGUGAGUCACCUGUUGUCACCGGAGCGCUACAACAAGCUGAUCAGGCCAGCUGUCAACAACAGCCAGCAGGUCACCAUUUACAUCCAGGUGUCUCUGGCCCAGCUGAUCAAUGUGAACGAGAGGGAGCAGAUUAUGACCACCAACUGUUGGCUCAGUCAGGUGUGGAAUGACUACAGAUUAAUGUGGGAUCCUGAAGAGUACGAGGGGAUCAAGAAAAUCCGGCUCCCGUCACAACACAUCUGGCUGCCAGACAUCGUCCUCUACAACAAUGCUGAUGGGACCUAUGAAGUCUCCUUCUACUCCAAUGUUGUGGUUUCCAACAACGGUGAGGUGGCCUGGCUCCCACCAGCUAUCUACAAGUCGGCCUGCAAAAUCGAAGUCCGUGAUUUCCCUUUUGACCAGCAGAACUGCACCCUCAAAUUUCGCUCCUGGACCUACGACCACACUGAGAUUGAUCUCAUUCUCCUCAGUGAUUUUGCCUCACGUGAUGACUUUAAACCUAGCGGUGAGUGGGACAUUAUUUCAUUGCCUGGACGCAAGAAUGAAGACCCCAAUGACAUCAAGUACCUGGAUAUCACCUAUGACUUUAUUAUCAAGAGAAAACCUCUGUUCUACACCAUUAACCUGAUCAUUCCCUGCAUUCUGAUCACAUCGCUGGCUAUUCUGGUUUUCUACCUCCCAUCAGACUGUGGUGAGAAGAUGACUCUCUGUAUUUCUGUCCUCUUGGCCCUGACUGUGUUUUUACUCCUUAUUUCAAAGAUUGUGCCACCCACGUCUUUAGCAGUGCCUCUGAUUGGAAAGUACCUGAUGUUUACAAUGGUGCUGGUCACCUUCUCAAUCGUCACCAGUGUUUGUGUGCUCAACGUGCACCAUCGUUCCCCGAGUACGCACACCAUGCCUCCCUGGGUUAAGCGCGUCUUCCUGUACCGGCUCCCCUCUUACCUCUUCAUGCGGAGACCUGGUAGCUCCAACAUCCGUGAGAAGUUCCGGAAAAAACACCAGCAGCGAUCGUACUCUAACCAGAAGCUGCGUGGAGUGGAUGGAGGGACUGGAAGUCCUCCGGGAAUGGCAGAUUCCUCCUCAUCCUUCUUUGUGAAUGAGGAGUCAGCCAAACGUUAUGGCUGGAAGAUCAACGACUUUUCAGAGAAUGCAGAGUUCAGGAAGCGGAUGACGCUCAAGUGCAACAUUGACGUGGAGGAUGCUGUGGAUGGAGUACGGUAUAUCGCUGAGAAGAUGAAGAGCGAGGAUGAUGAUGAAGGGAUCAUUGAAGACUGGAAGUACGUGGCCAUGGUGAUUGACCGUCUCUUCCUGUGGAUCUUUGUGUUGGUGUGUGUGGUCGGGACAGUGGGUCUGUUCAUGCAGCCUUUGUUCCAGAGCUACAACACUCCCAUUGUUGAUGAUAUGGAGCAUAACUGAAACCUGAACUUUGAUCUCAAUAUGACCCAGACAUGAACUUCGAGUCCCCAACCCCCGAAACAGAGCUCUGACAACAUUUUAACACAUGAAUUCACAUGUCCGCCUAGCACCACAAGCUCACUGGGAAAUGUUAAUUAUGCACUUUAUCCCUCUUCCACCACCUGCUUCCUUAAAUACUACCACCACUUUCCCUCUUCAUUCUCCAUCCUCCAUUUCCUGCCAUCCUGUGCUCCACAUCAUCUCUCAUCUGUAGGAGAUUUGUUAACUUUUAUCAGGGUGGGUGGACCCCCCCUCCCCACAUGAGAGAAUAAAAUGGCUGGAAGUGACAGAAAAGUGGAGUUCAGAGAACAAAAAUUCAGAGGUCCAGUUAGAGGAAAAUAUUCUCAUAUUCAAAGGUCCAGAGAACCAGGAACAUCAUAAAGUCUAAAUUGUGAUAUGAUUCAGUAUUACAUAAAAUAUUUUCUUUUCUAUGGCCUCAGUUUCUGAACUGAAUGGAAAUGUUUCCUCAAAAGACACUCUGUGCUUUGGCAAGUAAUACCGUCUAAUUAUCCCCACAGUCUCAGAUAUAAGACAAAUUAGUUUUGACCUGCCAGUGAGAAUAAUGAACAGGUAUGCUUUGUUUUUUCUUUUGUCUGCAUCUCUCUCUGUAGAGCACACCAUUUGAAACCACUACUCUUAGACUUACUUCUGCAGCUGUUGUCUUGGGUUUUGUCUCUCCCCUUGUCUCUCUCCUCCCUGCACCACGGCCUCUGGUCCUCCUAUUAAUACCCUCUGGGAGAUGGAGAGAGAUGCCAGGUUAUCAAGGAGGGAGGGGACACAUUUGGACAUUUUGCUAACAAGGGGGAUGGUGUCACCCUUAUCUGCCCUCAAGUGACUGCUGUUUGUCAUUCACAGAAGGACUGUAGUCUAUUUAUUUCAGUUAACCUCCUGUUUAUAACAACUUGGAUAUCAUUUUCAGAGCCUUGACCAUCAUGUAACAGACGGGAAUGAUGGAGAUCAUAUUGUUAAUUGAGGAGAUCUGGAAAUGUGGAAACAUUGCUGGCUCCAAAACCCCACUGCCUUUGUUGGAUGAAGACAAUAAAGAAGGGCAGGGAGAGAGGGAUAUGACAUGAAAGAAAAGUCCCCGGCUGGAACUGAACCGGGGGAGUUACACAUGACACACCCAAACUAUUCAUUUACCAGGACACUGCACACCCCUCUCUGGUUAGCCAAACUAUUUGGAAAAGCAAACAAAUGCAAACUGUAAAUUUUGAUAACUCAAAAUGUUUGUUGUGGCAUCACUCACAGUUCACGGAUCCUCUGCCCAGUUCAGCGUUGACUCAUCUCACUUAUCAUAGCUGUACCUGUUCAAUAAUAUCAUUAUAUAUAAAAAACAAUGGCCAAAACAAGAUCAUUAUGGUCCAGAAUUAUCUUUUAACUCAAAAUGAGAAUGAAACCUCCUGUCAGUCAUGAGGUUCUUUCUUGGCAGUCAAUACUGCAGUUGUCCAAGGAAUAAAAUGUAACUUUGUUUUGAAAAGAAAUCUUUCACCUGAAGGGGUGAAAUUGAAAAUGUUGAUUCCUGUCAUAAAGUUUAACCCGGCCAAAAGCAACUCAGGACUAGAUUAUUUUCCUUUGUUUAGAACUGGUUUGGUUUUGCCCUUUGUGUCUAAAACAAAUGUUAAAGGCCCUGACAUAACUUUAUUGGGGUGAGCAUGCGUACAACAAGGUGCUGUUCUUUGUUUUUGGGUUGACUCAAAGGGAACCUGUGCCUUUGUUUGCCCAAAGACAAACUUAGGUACAUAAAUUCACAAGCAAUACAAAUUUUUUCAGAUACGGGCCUCACAUCAACCAAACCUCCCCCGAGGAGAGGAAGAUGAAUCCCUUCUGUGUAGAUAAAACGAAGAAGACCACUUUCCUGUGUCCUUUUGCCAAGAGCACACAUUCUGUAUUGCUUUGUAGUAUUUGCCUUGAAAACGACAGCAACAAAGGCACAACACAGCUGUUGGCCUGCUCAAAUAAUAUUAAUGGAUGGGUGUGUGACCUCACACACCCCUCGCUGCGUGGACCUGAUUAAAAAAAGACUGAUCUAACCUGUGACGAGUUGACGUGUAAAGCAGCAAGGAUUAAAAUGAACGUUACAAUAGUGGAAAAAAAAAACUUAAAAGAACAGCGACCAUUAGGCAGUUAUUACUUGCAUACUUCUUUUAAAGGUGCAGUGUGCUAGUUUCAUCAGCAGCGCUAGUCAGCAUCCAUCACCAGGGAAACCAGCGACAGUGAUAUUGUACAGUAUUUUAUACACGACCUGACAUAUUAAAAACAGCCUGGCUCUUCACUCACUUUUUCUUUCAUCAUCUGACAUGUGAACUGAACCUGACUUUAUACUGUCACAGUCAUAAAACUCAGCUGUCACUGCUACCAAAAGGUAUACUGUACUGAUCCUGCUGUAUUAUUUUAUUUCAUCUUGGAUUUACAGUGGAUGGAAUUAAACAUACUUUUUUGUUUUCUUCCCACUGGCCUGUCAUGUUGCGUGACCUGUUCAGUUUUGUCUGUCUGGACAAUAAAUGCUUGAAUUUACAGGAUGGCACUGAGGUGGUAGCUGGUGUCUUUCUAACUGAAUCCAAUAAAGUGAAAGCAACAAGAAGA